GAAUACUUUUAUCUGCAUGUUCAAAUUGUAUAAUGUCACAGAAGCACCCCUUAACCAGUGGUUGAGUUGAUACGAGAAUAGAUCCUGCGUGGCGGGGUGUUUCCUAAUUGAAUUCAGCGCGAUUGAGUCUGAGUGACUUCUUUGUUGAAUCAUCCGUCAUUACAGGAGGAGGAGGUUUGCUCGUCCCUCCGUGAACGAUUAUCCUGCAGCUGCAUGUCGCUUUACGACUCGCUGUCGCAGAGUGACAUAGUGGGCAUAGCAGCGUUCGUUGCCAUUGUCUGACUGUCAAGAUUGUUUUCUCUCCCAGCUUUCGAAGUUUAAGUUUGACAUGUAUGUAACAAUGAAGUGAGUCAUUAAGGAUCUUGAGGCAUAGAUUGUGAGUACGGUAAACAGCCAUUCAAGGGGUUUGACGCUCCUGCACGUACUAGCUGAUUGUCUCAUUUCUUGGAUCGUUACCUCUGGAUUAUUAAUCAUGGGAACAAUACCUGCUUUUUAAGUUGAGCCAAAACUUACAAAACUUGAAGAAACUUGUAAAGAUUGUGAACGCUGUGAUUAUUGCACUGCAAGGGGAGAUAUCAUUAAUUUUGUGUCUCUGAGAAAGUUUGGUGGUAUAUUGCAAAGAUGAUGAAAACGGCCAUUGCCCAGUUUGCUUUCCAAAGCCAGUACAAUCGGAAUAAGACUCCUAUACCGCCACCGCGGAGGAAAACCAACCCCGCAAGGACUAAACUCACCAAGAAGUCUUCGGAUCCGAACAGCAAGUUCCACCCAUUCAGCAACCUCUCUGAGCUCGUCAACAGCUACAAGAUUACCAACAAUGGUCUCUGCUGCCCUCUACAACAUCCCGUCGAGGCCAAGAAAGAAGAGGAAGACCAGGACACAGAUGAUGAAGAUGAGAGAUUUUCCAGCGAUACCUCCGGGUCAUCCCAAGAUGGUCCUCAGCAUCUCCUCCAAGCCCGGCUGGACGCCAUGGACCUCACACCUCUGGAAGGGGGUGACUUUGUGGGGCGGCUCAAGGAGUAUGUGAACAAGGGGGUGCGGGAGGACAGCGAGGAGGUCAGGUUAGGGGGAGGCCACGCCUCUCAUUUUAGGAGCAUGAUGAUGGCUUCCACUAAAGAUCUCACGAGGCAACUUAACUUUUUCCAACUCCAACUGGAUGCUAUGCAGUGUCUCUUUGAUGUUCAACUCCCAUCCAAUAAGAAAUUCACCCUCCCAGAUCAUUCCCCAGUAGAGAGCAGUCCUGAGAACCUAUACAAGAGAUUUGCAGAAUGUGAGAAGCAGGUCAAAAGUCUUGAGUCAAAGGUCAAGGCGACGCUACGUGACCUUUACAAGCCCAGCAUGGACUCCCAUAGCCCAUCCUCCACAUUGGUUACCAAGGCAACCCCUCAACCAGGAGAUGAUGCGGAUGAUGAUGAUGAGCCUGCUACGUACAUGCCUGUCCCAGACAACCUUCCUUCUUUCAGCGACAGGGACGUCCGGGAUCUACCCACACGCAAUAUUCUUCCAACGCCGUUCGAGGUGAAAGUACUCAACGUUCCAUCCUUGACACAUCCAAAGGUCAAGUUGACCGUUGACCUCGCGACUGGUCAUCUGGUGGUGGCCAAGAUAACAGGCAAAGAGAUGAAUGAAGAUGUCCAGUUAUUGACUCAUGAUAAAGUUGCCCAGCUGAUCAAAUCAAAGACGAGUAACACCAAGCUAGCCAUCAAACUGAGCAACGGAAAGAAGAAGGAGUAUGCCUUUGAGGAUGCCAAGAAACGAGAGACAUUUUGUCAGAUGCUACAGUACAUGAAGAUGGUCCAUUCUAAGAGCAAGGAAGUAGAUCAGAUCUCUGUCUUCAUUGGAACAUGGAAUAUGGGUGAUGCCCCACCUCCAAACUGCAUCACGACGUGGCUGACGUGCCAGGGGGAUGGGAAGACGCGGGACAGUCGUUUGGUUUACAUGCCUCACGACCUCUAUGUCAUUGGUACGCAGGAGAGCACACUCAGUGAGAGGGACUGGGUCAACAGACUCAAAGUAGAGAUACAAAACAUAUGCAGGGUGCCUGGAGAGAAGGAAUAUUCUGUGGUGACGGUGUGUUCACUAUGGGGCAUAAGAAUAGCAGUACUUGUCAAGCCUGAACAUCAGGAUCGCAUCAGUCACGUGAGGGAAUCCUCAGUCAAGACUGGUAUCGCCAACGCACUGGGUAAUAAAGGCGCAGUUGGUGUGUCUUUCUCAUUCAAUGGAACAUCUUUCUGUUUUGUCAAUUGCCAUCUUACAUCAGGGACAGAGAAAUGUACGAGGCGGAACAACAACUUUCAUGACAUCCUUCGAGGUCUGAGCCUUGGUGCUAAGGGUCUAAGUCUCUUUGAUCUUAACAAUCAGUUCCAUCAUAUAUUCUGGCUUGGUGACCUCAACUAUCGUAUCGACUGGAAUGUACAGGAGAUCCUGACCAACAUCAAGAGUGGCCAUUAUGAAGUGCUGUUCAACCAUGAUCAGCUCAAGAUUGAGAAAGACCAGGGAAAAGUCUUUGUAGCAUUUGAGGAGGAUGACAUCACAUUCCCUCCGACCUAUCGCUAUGAGCUAGGUCAUAGGUCAACAUACGCCUACAAGAAGAUCAAGAAGACUGGGAUUCGCAUUAAUCAGCCUUCGUGGUGUGAUCGAGUACUAUGGAAGUCCUACCCAGACACCCACAUAAUCAAUACCACGUAUGGUUGUACAACGGACAUUGUUAGCAGCGAUCACUCCCCUGUCUUUUCAACAUUUGAUGUCGGUCUCUCGGCCUCCACUGUCAUUCCGAAAGAACAGAGCGAGGGCGGUACACAAGAUGUGAAGAUCAUUUUCACCCAGGUAGACGCCACCAUCGUCACCAGUAUGUGUAGCAGUCGCUUCUAUCUGGAGUUCUUCUCCACGUGUCUAGAAGCCAAGUCAGAGAAGAGUGGUUACAACUCAAUGUGUCAGCAGAACAAUACUCUGAAACUCACCAAGCCAUCGUGGACUAAAGACCAACUUGUCAAGUUGAAUCCUAUAGUAUCCGACGUGGAGUACUUGGAAGAGCAGUUCAUCUUGGUAGCUAUCAAAUCGGAAGACAGUGACGAGUCGUACGGAGAGUUUGUGGUGUCAUUACGCAACCGCUUUGAGUCGUCACCUGUCCUGUUCAAGAGCAUCCUCACACACCAAGGACACAGGACAGGAGAAGUGGAAGGAAUGGUUCACGUGAAGUCCAGGGACGAGAGUCUGUAUGGUGGCUUCAGGAAGGCAAAGACAUAUGAACUGGUGAAGUUUGAAGACAAGACAGACAGCAUGUCAUCAGGGGAUGUAAGCGAUGAGACCGCCUCGGCCAAGAUCAGCAAGGCUAAAGUUUGCAUUGAGAACACCAAGAACAAGGUGAGACAGUGGGUCAACAAGGCACCCAGUGAAGAUCAUUCUUCAAGGAAGUCACAAGAAGCUGCUCCACCUAUACCUACCGCACCCCGCCCUAGGGAUCUCAAUGUCUCCAGUGGGUCACUCACCCCUCCCCAGAGUGACCCCGCCCCUGUGCCUCCAACGCGGAGGAAAAAUGGCCUCAAGGUGUCGACUGGGAAAGCGAUGAGUCAGAACGGAGUUGGUGAGGAGAGCGAACAACCCCCACCGUUGCCCCCUCCACGCCUUGGAGCUAGUCCAAUGAGCUCAAGCCCUAUGAGUACCAACCCCUUGAAUGCGGCACUCAUGAACACCAUGCCCAUGAGUGCCACGCCUAUGAGUGCCACGCCUAUGAGUGCCACGCCUAUGAGUGCUGACCCGAUGGAUGGAGGAGAGUAUAUGGGACUGAGUUUAGACGCGAUGCCUCUGAGCAGAUCCUCAGCGGCAGAACAAUCGGGAGGACCGGACGUAGGAAGAGGGAUGAACCAAGUCACCAAGCCGCGUCUCAGAGGAUGUCGAUCAGUUCCUGCCGAGUCGGACAUUCCACCUCCGCUCCCUUCCCGCUUACCUGCACCCCCUCAACGCUCACUCUCCCGGGACGUUGCACUUCCCCCUCCUCUCCCUGCAAGGCCUUCCCUCACGCUACCUCCCUUCCACCCGGAGCGGUCUGAUUCAGAGACAUCCGAUGAGGGGCAGGUGCUAGAGCACUCACCACCCAGGAGAACACCACCGGCGCUUCCAGGGCAGCAAGUGAGUCGGCUACGAGAUCACUGGGAGAGACGGUCCAGCCGCGAUUCGUCCCCAGAUAGUAACCGGUCAAGCGUGGAUACAGGAGACGCAAAACCAGCCCUACCGCUCAGGAUCACGGAAAGAAUGGCGCCUGAUGGACGUCCUUCUUCGUCUUCUACGGACGACGGUCAGCUGCUUCUAGAAGGACUUCCGCCGCCUCUCCCUAGCAAGUCCAGACAGAAUACACCACCUAGAAGAACAACAGACACUGAGCUGGAAGACUAUGACUGCCUGCGUCGGCCCAUCACCAUCACGGAGUGGCUUAGCAAUCUAGGGCUCAUGCAGUACAAGCAGCAGCUCUACGAUAACGGUUGGGACAACGUGGCUUUCCUGGAUACGAUCACGGAUCAGGAUCUCAUUUCUGCCAGGGUGGAGAGCAUCAAGCAUCGACGACACAUGCUGGAGAGUAUAACCUGUAUCAUGGCUAUGCAACGAUGAUGAGGAUGAUGAUGACGGGACAUCGAGGCUGGGGACCUAGACCACAUGAAGAAGAACCUAGACUGCUACAAUAAGGACCUAGAUUACCUGAAUAAGGACCUAGACCACAAGAAUAAAGACCUAGAAAACAAAAUUAUGAACUUUUGCCACAUUAUUGUAAGUCGAGGCUGGAGACCUGGGGGGCGUUUCACAAAACUUGACAUCAGUGACAAAUGAUAGUUUUUGUUAUAAGCUAGUGAA